UCUUUUCUCAUCCGUAUACUGUUAAAUAUAUAAAGAUAGGAGGUUUUCAGUAACCAAUAAUCUAUUUUAUGUAGUGGAUAACAUUUGCAUCGUGCAAUAGCUGACAUGUCAGGACCCAGAGCUCAACUUAUAACGGCCUUGUCAGAGAGAAUAAAAAUCGAGAGAGUAACGGAAUUCAUUACGCAUAGUAUUACAAAUAAUGGAGAGCAGUGCAGCUGUGUAAGCUGUCUAGUACAAACUCCAGUGGUUUUAGGCUGGGGGAUUGAAAAUGAAAACAUACUUGAAAAUUAUGAAAACGAGUUUCCGCCACUUAUCAAAGCUGAACUUGCACCUAAACCCCAUAAUCAGGAACUUUGGAGUCAAGUUGUCUCAAAUCCAACGCUCAUUUAUGGGUUGGCAUCCUCUGAAGCUCCAGAAAAUUGUCAUGUCCAAAGGGAAAACGAGUACUUAUCUGAUAAGACGACAACCGGGGUUGGAGUUCUUGUACUGAAACAGAAAAACAGUAAAUGUAAAACAACACAAGCUCAGAGAUUCAAGGAGAAAGAAAAAAAACAAAAAGCCUAUAAAGCUAAGGUGAGUAAAAACAAACAUGGACAAUGCAGAACAGAAUCCCUAUCAUUUGGAAUUAAUUUACACAACGGAUUCGAAAGACUAAGCCUACGAGAACAGCUGUGCAACAAUUCAAAAAAUGAAGAAUGUCAUUCAUACGAAAAUAGGACAACAGGGGAUGAAGCUGUCGCAUCAAAAAAGAAACCCAUUAGAAAAACAAAAGCUCAGCGAAACAAAAAGAAAGAAGAAAAACGAAAAGCUAAGGCUUUACAGUUAGAGAUACAGUUACUAAAGCAGUUUGACGAAAUAGAAAUUAUACAAAGAUCAAUAUCUAUCGAAGAAAAAGAAAAACAUGAAAAAAGGACUGCAAAAAGAAGAAAGAAAGCAGCUAAAGUAAGUCUAGUCGUGAAUUUAUUUAAAUUUCAUAAUUAUAAUUAUUUGCAUGACCAACUUCUUAUAUACGACAACUUGGUUCAUUUUGAGGUUUCUUAUACUUCAUUCCCAGUGCGAAAUCAUCAAAGACAUUAGUGGAGGAGGAACAGACAAACAAUUCACAAAGAGUUUCAAGAGAAAUUCGAAGAGAAAACGAAUAGGAAGGAAAUAUAAAAAGCAAACUUCUGAGUCUUCCGUACACAAAAAAGGUAAGAAAAUGUUAUAAGAGUUGUGUUUAUAAGUUGAGGAUAUAAUUACUUUU